AUUUAAAUAUAUAUAAAUUCGCACUGCUCCCGCCUAUAUAUAAUCAUUAGUAGUUAAUUAAAGUCGUAAUUUCUUUAAGAUUAUUUUUCUAUAAACCUCAACCAAAUUAAUUUUAUCUCUGACGUAAACAUUAAGAAUACGCUGUUGCACAAUUGCCGCGAUAAAACACGCGUCAUUGGUCUAAGAAAUGAUAAGUUAUUAAGGAGUCACCUUUUGAUAAUAAACAGAAAACCCCCCAAAAACUUUUACCAUUCUUUGUUUAUAUUAUAUGUGGAAAGGAAGACGGUCAACCUGAAAGAGUAGGAACAUUUCUAACGUACUGCAAGGGUGUCGUUGAUCAAGUGUUGUUAAUAAUAUUUUUUUAUUAUAUCAAAAUGCUAAAUUUACCUGCAAGAUUGUGCCAUGCUGUGAUUUGGAUUGGAGUUUUUGUUUCAACAAAUGGACAAGAACCAAGUUCACGACUUACGCGCUGGCACAAUUUGGAGAAACAGAAGCUGCGGUCGCGACUAGAGAAGGGAAGUAGGCUGCUGGAAAAACUCAAUGUUCAGCCCGAAUAUCCACCGCCAUCUCCAUCGUCCCCUUCACAGAAUAUGCCGCCAACAGGUUUACCAGUCGGGCCAUCGUGGCUGGAACAGUUUCAACUGGUUAAACAUAUACUAAACAGUCAUCGCGGAGUCACUAGCACACCUACACCUAUAAACAUAGAUAGAAUGGCAUCUAUCAGACUACGGCUACUAGAGAAAAAGAGGAAGCAACAGGAAAUUCAGGAACAGAGAGUGCAAGAGCAGAAACUUCUUGAACAGAGACUGGAGAAGCAGAGACUACUAGAACAGAAACUCCAGGAACAGAGAUUGCAGGAACAAAAACUGCGAGAACAGAAACUUCUGGAACAGAAACUGGAGGAACAGAGGCUGAAGGAACAGAGAUUGCAGGAACAAAAACUGCGUGAACAGAAACUCCUGGAACAGAAACUUGAGGAUCAGAGAUUGCAUGAACAGAGAAUGGCAGAACAGAGGCUACAGGAACAGAGACUUCAGAAACUGCGACGACAGGAAGAGUUGCUACUGGAAAAACGAUUGCAUGAACUUAGACUGCAGGUUCAAGGGGCGUCUCAUAAUCUACGACAUAUAGGUCAAAUGAACCAGGGCCAAAUUCUUCCAGGAAUAGACAUCGGGAGCUCUUUAUUUGGUCCAAGCGAUGGUAUCCAGGUUCGUCCAUCAGAAACUCUGAUUGGACCAAUUGAUUUAGGCCAAUGGAAUUCAGUUGGAGCAAAUCAAUUUGAUCCUCUUGGGCAACCUGGCAAUUUAACUGAACCACCAGACUCAGGCCUUACACCCGAUGACCAGUCGGCCGUUCACUCCGGUGAGCCGCUCGGAUUUUUCAAUCCUGGCGAAGCGCUUCAACCUUUACAAUCAUCACCUGGGGAGGCUCGUGGUGUAGAAAUCGGGCUAGGUUCAGUCGGGGAUAGCCAGUGGCAAGGCUCAUUGCUCGGUGCAGGUAUUCCCGUCACAGAAUUUAAGGAAGUGAAUAUCAGUACCUCCGUUGAUUCCGGCAGUCGGACAGGGCAAGUGGAUAUCUCUUCUACAAACGUUAAUCAACCUCUGAAUAGCAACACAGGACAGAAUGUCAACAGACCAAGUGCAGGUUUACAGACACUUAACGGUGGAUGGAUGCCGAUAGCAGAGGUUUCAAGGGCGUCCUCAAGCGUUAAUUCCAACGUUAAGAAUAAAAAUGCACAAAAACAGCCGUUUAAUCUGUUAGGUGAUCUCUCAUCAAAACUAAAAAAUAGAGCUCUACAUUAAAAUUUGAAUCCACUUUUUCAUUCGCGCAUAUAGAUAGGGACAACAAUUGUCCUAACCAUAUAUGCAUUUGUUUUAAAUAUUCAAACUUUUUCAUCCAAAACUAUUUAGUAUUUAUAAAUGAUUUCUAAUAACAUAGAUAAUUAAAAAACACAAUUUAAGUAUGUUCACCUACAUGAUUAAGUUUUUAAUGUUGAUUAAGCUGUAUGAGGGUCUGCUCUAGUAGCGAAUAAUUCGAUAGAUAAAAAGGUCUGCCAUGAUUUGUGGAUUAGAGACGACAGUUGUCUGUGAAAACUACCACAAGUGAGAUUCGAUUUCUACUAUGUUAAUACGGUUAUCCAGCAGUUAAGGCUGAUUUAAACAAACCUCUAUUUUUAUAUAUCUCGCAUUUUGUAGACGUGGCCUCCAGGCCGAUUCUGUAGGAAUACUUGUUGACAACUUUCAAUGGGAAAGGGUCUUUGGAUAAUUUUAAGAUUGUAAAAACUGAAUACUUAUCAAAAACACAUUUCUUUCAAUUUUUCUUAAUGUAUGUUGUAAAGCAACAGUUUUGAUGGACGUGAGUAGUUAAACGGUCGAUACUAACAUGUGUUAUGUUGUACUGGUCGCUGUUUCAACAUACAUGCAUGUCCAAAAAUUGCUCCACAGACAUUUACCGGGAAAUGAUAUAUUAGUUCCCGAUCGGUCGGUGGGGUGAACAUUUAGCAUUGAACCUUUUACGUGUUUCUAUUUACAUUGUUAUAAUAGUUAUACAUCAAUUCAUGUUAUUCCUGCUUAUUUCACUGACUUAUAUGAAUGUUUAAACCUAUGUUUACCCUCAUUUGAAUUAUGAAUACGAAUUCACUUAUGAAUAUAUAUUCACAUUUAAACCUAUUUAGCCGCCUUUUUCAUGUAUUGCAUCAAAAUUCGUCUUGUUCAACUCAAAUGACAAUUAACUAAUCAAAACAAAGUCUUAACGGCUCUAUUCUUUUGACGUGCACUUCCGGUUAAAUAUUGACAUCGCAGAACAAUGGUGCGUUGCAAGAAAUAUUGGUUUACUAUAAUUGCUCAUAAUUUAAAGCGCUAUAAUAUGUUUUGAGAUAGUUAUUAGUUUAAGUCAUGUUGUACCGUUGGGCUACCAGCUUUGGAAUUUACUUGACCUGACCAAAUAGUUGGUGGUGUUGGACAUUGAGACAACCGUUAAUGUCUAACCAUGAAAAAUGAUUUGAUUGUUAGUUUUUCAAUGCAGUCGUUUUUACCGUGAACUCAUUUAUUCAUUCAUUGUGUGGUAUUGUUUUAAAAUAUUUUACACUCUUUAUGUAUUAACACAAAAAGUUCGCGUUGUAUUGUUUGUGGCAUUUAGAUAUACAAUUUGUAUGCCGUUCGUAUUGUAUGUUCCUUUUGGCUUCCAUACAAUAGUGCUAGUAGCAUUAUAUUAAGGUACUAUUGAAUGAAAGGGCAAAUCCAUAUAUCCAACAAAAUUUGAACGUUAUUUGCUUCUCAAAGAUAAGUUAAGACGUAAGUCACAAGAGUGCCUUAAUUUGCUCCAUGAGUUAAAACGUUGGCCACAAAAGUAAGGCUCCUUCUUCCAUUAUGACGAAAAAACACAAUUUAUAUAAGAAAUCUUAAUCAAUAAAUGAUUGGAUUACGGCCUUUAAACGGUCAAUGAAACAAGAGUCGACUUGUUGGAAUUCGAAAUCACUGGAUUAUGAGUUCACUGGAUUAUGAGUUCACUGGAUUAUGAGUUCACUGGAAUACGAGUUCACUGGAAUACGAAUUCACUUGUGGUUUACUGGUCAGGCUGUAGGCCAAUAGGCCUGCAUACAUUUAUAAACUAUAAUCGGAAUCUGACAAUGGCAGAUCAACAUAGCAUUUUUAACAUGUGACAAGUUAAUGCACACACGUGUGUAUUAACCCCAGCGCUGUUUAAACAGCAGUGGUCAACUACCUAAUUGACAUUACCGAUUUGUUAUUAUACUGACUGCGGCAUGCGUUUUGCACGAUAAGCUUGCUAAAAGUAGCGGUGUAAUGAGUUUUCAUUAUAUUUUGUGCGGUUGAUAUAAUUCUAAUAAGCUCACUUACCUUAUAUCUAUGUGUUCACAUUUUGGCCACUGGCGAUGGUAAUAUACUAUCGGUUGAUAAUAGAAUCAGGGUCAUAGGAUUCGGGCAGAUUUAUUUCCUGGAAAUGAACCCGUAAUUUUUGGUAAAACCCCGGAAAGAUAUGGUAAAAUCCCGAAAAGACAAUCAUCGUAUUGAAGAUGCAAUGAAAUGCUCAUCUAGCGUAAGAUAUCAAACCAAAAUGUUUUAAAUGGAAUUAUAAUAUUUCAUUUUAUCCCACAAACAGCUUUUUUGGUGAUUAAAAUUCAUUCGUUUAUAUAGUUUAUACAUUGUAUGUUUAAAAUAGUUUUAAAUUGACUCUUAAAUUUUAUUAUUAAGAGCUGUAAUAUAUUUUUACACAAAAUCGACAUUCCAAACCAAUUGUGUGUCACGUGCAACACCGCGGACAUUUGAAAUUUUUGAAUGUAUAAUUAUAUGCGUUUUAAAAUUAUAUCAUUUUUGAAGAGCAACACAAAUUUGAAAAAACAAGAAAUAAAGAUAUCAAUCAUGUAUAUCCGUUUUUUUUGAUGAAAAUAAUUUACUCUCGCGCACGUUGUGAAGCCGGAAACUCGUAAAGCCACGUAAACUACCAACGCACUUGUCCUCGGAUCAGAUUUUUCUAUCCGAACCGGAAACACAUGAUCGAUACUUACAGCGCAUAAUACCUGAAGCUUUGUCUUCAACUUUUUCAACUGCGUCCAACUUUCGCUGUCGGUAUAGACAGGUUGUAUGUUUAAGCUGAUUGGUUUGCUAUAAAAUGUUGAUAUAAGAUAAAUGACACACUGUACGUGCAAGCAAGCACACUCUUAUUUUUCACAUGCAUUGAUAUAUUUUAGUGCUUUAUUAUUGAAUUGCUUUUUGAUAUUGCUCACAUUUGUGUUUGUUGAACAUAACUGGGGAUAUUGAGAAUUCGAUAAUGGCGGCAAUAAUUUCUUAAUUGCAUUAACAUUUUCAUGUGUUUUAUUUUCGUGUUUUCCCCAUACUUGUCAACAUUUGUUUUGCAUUUUCGUUAAAGAUACUGUUAAA